AUGAUUAAUACAAAGGUCAGUGUAGUACAACCCGCUUGUGAUUGGACGAGCAGAAGCUUGGAUCUAAACAUUCCGUUUGUGAUUGGACGAACAGAUAUUUGGCCAGCUCCCUCAUGCCUGCUCAGUAUUGAACACCUGCAGGGCAUCGCACAACUUCAGGACAUCACACACGUGCAGGAGAGAUCAGGAGUACACACCUUCAGGACAUCACACACCUGCAGGAGAGAUCAGGAUUGCACACCUUCAGGACAUCACACACCUGCAGGAGAGAUCAGGAGUAGACACCUUCAGGACGUCGCACACCUGCAGGAGAGAUCAGGAGUGCACACCUUCAGGACAUCACACACCUGCAAGAGAGAUCAGGAGUACACACCUUCAGGACGUCGCACACCUGCAGGAGAGAUCAGAAGUACACACCUUCAGGACGGCACACACCUGCAGGAGAGAUCAGGAGUACACACCUUCAGGACGGCACACAUCUGCAGGAGAGAUCAGGAGUACACACCUUCAGGACAUCACACACCUGCAGGAGAGAUCAGGAGUAGACACCUUCAGGACGGCACACACCUGCAGGAGAGAUCAGGAGUACACACCUUCAGGACGGCACACACCUGCAGGAGAGAUCAGGAGUACACACCUUCAGGACGGCACACAUCUGCAGGAGAGAUCAGGAGUAGACACCUUCAGGGCGUCACACACCUGCAGGAGAGAUCAGGAGUAGACACCUUCAGGACGGCACACACCUGCAGGAGAGAUCAGGAGUACACACCUUCAGGACGGCACACACCUGCAGGAGAGAUCAAGAGUAGACACCUUCAGGGCGUCACACACCUGCAGGAGAGAUCAGGAGUAGACACCUUCAGGACGUCGUACACCUGCAGGAGAGAUCAGAAGUACACACCUUCAGGACAUGUGCAGAGUCUUUGCUGCCCGUACCAUAGGGAGACGUCACCAUGGCAGGCCAAAAAUGUGACGUGGAGGUGCAUGUGAUGAGUAACCAUAGCGACCUCUGGUGUUCCAGGGAUGAGGAACUCUGAUAGCCAGAAGUGCACAUAUCUGCCGCUUGCCUGACAGCUGUAAACAAAUGACCUUAGUUUCAUUUGUGCAAAGACGCAGGUUGACCCCCAAAUGGCUGAUUUUGCGUUACUCAUAAAAAUAUCACCUAUUGGUAAAAGAGCAACUUUCCUGUUUUCACACAGCAGAAAGAGAAAAAUAUAUAUUAAAAUAACACCAGUAGUGGAGUUACAAUCACUAACAGUGAUUGUAACAGGAAACAAAUGUUGCUGUCAUUUAUUGUCUGAACAAACAUAAAUAUGAAAUUUAUGAAGGAAUUUAUUUAGGAAAUGCAAAAAUAUACAUUAAUACAUUACAACUCUCCAAAGCUAGGUAGCCUAAAAGACUAAAACAACAGGAAGUCAAGGACUGGCAGGGAGAUACGUGCCAUGUAUUUUGCACUGUUAGGUGUUUACA